AUGUCCACAGACGACGAGCUGGGCGACCCGCCAGCCUCCAUCAACCCAUACGAGGUUCUGGAGAUCGACGAAAAGGCAUCGGCAGACGAAGUCAAGAGCGCAUACAGGAAGAAGGCGCUGAGGCAUCAUCCCGACAAGGCAUCGCCCGAAACAAGAGACAAAGCCAAAGAGAAAUUCCAGCAAAUCGCAUUCGCAUACGCUAUUCUUUCUGACGAGCGUCGCCGUCGCCGAUAUGAUCUCACCGGCAACACAUCGGAAUCACUUGACCUGGAAGAUGACAACUUUGACUGGACACAGUUCUACCAAGAACAGUUCUCGGGAAUGGUUGAUUCCUCCGCCAUAGACAAAAUAAAGAAAGAAUACCAAGACUCAGAGGAGGAGCGAGCGGACCUCCUUGCUGCUUUUGAACAGUUCAAGGGCGACUUGGACCGUGUCUACGAGGUGGUUAUGCUUAGCAGCGUCUUGGACGACGACGAGCGCUUCCGCACUAUAAUCGACAAGGCGAUCGCCGACAGAGAAGUCAAGGGCUGGAAAAACUACACUGAAGAAUCCGAAAACAAACGCAAGAAGAGGCUGAAGCGUGCACAGGAGGAGGCUGCAGAAGCUGAAGAAGCGGCCAAGGAACUCGAGGAAAAGGGAACCGCUAAGAAAAAGGGCAAAAAGAAGAAAGCCACCAAAGAAGACGAUAACACGCUGGCAGCUUUGAUCCAACAACGCCAGCAAUCUCGGGCUGCGAAUUUCUUCGAUGAUCUUGAAGCCAAGUAUGCGCCCAAAGGGAAAGGCAAAAAGCGCUCUGCCGCAGACGAGCCGCCUGACGAGGCGUUUGCGGCUGUCGGUGCCCGCAAGGCAUCGGGAAAGGACGGGGGUAAAACCCGAGGCAAGCGUUCGAAAGCAUAG